CUGGGCGAGGGGAUGCACGCACGAUGCUACAGCAACGAGCAGGGACGAUAACAAGCCAUGCGUAAGCCCACGUGACCGGAGAGUGAUCGGCCCUUUUGUCCCCGGCGUCAUGCAGCAGGGAUAACAGGUUAAGCAUAGAGAGAAGCUCGUUUUGCUGGGCAAAUCAAGCGAGAGAGGCUGCUACCGGAAGAAGAGUAGAAACAUUGACGUGGCAAAGGAGGAUUGAGUGAGUGUGCGGGGAGGAGGAGGAGGAGCAGCACGAACAGAGGACUACCCCCACCCCACCCUGGUGACGUGCAGCACGUGCGAGGAAAAUAAAAUUUAAAAAAAACUGAGAGCGAGCACUGACAAUUACUGUCUAGCCGACUCCAAGUGUUGAGAGGAGAAUCUUCUCAAGUUCGCAUCUCCCCCUCCCCAUCCAACCCUCCAGCAUCCGAGGGGAUUUGUCGGUGCGAUACAUACACACACCCACUUAGCCAUCCACCCACGAGUCAGUCACCACCCGCCUGUCUUACUCGGAUAGCACCACCACCCCUCCAUACCUUUUCUCAGUCAAGUGCUGUGCGUCUUGCGUCACAAAAGCUGUGGGGUAUAUUUGACGAGAUCGCUGCGAUAGCUCAGUGGAUAAUAACGCCUGCGAUGAUACCUCGAUGCUUCGCGGAGUCUGUCUUCGCUGGUUGCGCUUAAUGAAGAAACCUAAUCUUUUCGUGUUGGUGCCUCGUCCUGCUGAACACGUACCCGCAGCGAAGAAACUCUAGGACAGAAUAACAAGACUUCAGCUAAAGUGGAGAGACCGAGCGAGAAGGGAGGCAACCGGAUUACUUCCUCCGCCUGAAGUGUUCUGAUCUACCAUCAAGGGGAGGGAAUUUUUUAAAAAAAAAAGCCAACGGUAAAGAGGCUGAAAAUUUUUAUUUUCAGUCGUCUUCACGCUUGGAAGCCACGCAAAGGCUGAACCGUUAUACUUCCAGAGCCUCUGCACAUCACCUGUCUCGCUGCUCUUAACAAGCGAAGUCAGGAUGAACGAGGGCACUCGGGGGCGUCCUGUCGCGCCAUUGAUGGUGGCGGUAACGAUCACUCUCGCUGCUCUGGUGGGCCUCGCGCAUCCCGGCGGCGCAACGGGUGCCCUUUCUUCCGCUCGUCACUCCUGGGAACGCCCUGGCUGCCACCUUGUAGGCCACACGCGCGUCGUCAGGAUUCCAGACUGCGUGCCCUUCAGAGUCACCACCAACGCGUGCCGCGGGUUCUGCCUGUCGUACGCCAUUCCGUCUCCCAUGGAAACCACCAGCUACAACCCAGACUACGUCAUCACAUCUCGGGCGGAGUGCUGCAGCAUCUUCGACACUCUUGACGUUCCUGUCCAGGUGAGGUGUUUGGAUGGUGCCAGAACAGUCGUCUUCAAAUCCGCACGUAGCUGCAGCUGCUCCAUAUGUCGACGAGAGUAGCGUCGCUUGCAUCCAUUGGUCCACUAUAAUGGCCACGUGACGUAGAAGGCAACCAGACUUGGAAGAGUGGACUGCUUGCUGGGCCUAAAUCAUGCUUUCAAACUCCUGAAUUGUAUUGAAUGCUCAAAGAAGUAAACCGAUAUGAAAGAGAAA